ACCCCUUCUUCUCGCUAAAUUCAGUUUUUUCCUCAUCGAAACGCCACAUUUUUUCCUCUCUCUCACUCAUCCUCAACCCUUGCCAGUUUGAUUUUCCAAAUUUGUGGGGAUCUGCGAUUUCUCAUUCGGUGUCUGAGAGAGACGGGGAAGAAUUCGAACGAACAAUCAUUGGUGUUACUGAGAUCCGUGAGGCGUAAUGGCGGAGCAUUUGGCUUCCAUAUUCGGGACGGAGAAGGAUAGGGUUAACUGUCCCUUCUACUUCAAGAUCGGGGCCUGCCGACAUGGUGAUAGGUGUUCACGGUUGCAUACGAAGCCUAGUAUAAGCCCCACGCUUUUGCUUUCUAAUAUGUAUCAGAGACCCGACAUGAUUACCCCUGGUGUCGACGCGCAGGGGAAUCCGAUUGACCCUCGCAAGAUCCAGGACCAUUUUGAGGAGUUCUAUGAGGACCUAUUUCAGGAACUGAACAAGUACGGGGAGAUUGAAAGUUUGAAUGUUUGUGACAAUCUAGCUGACCAUAUGGUGGGCAAUGUUUAUGUUCAAUUUCAAGAGGAGGAACAAGCUGCAAAUGCUCUUCGGAAUCUUAGUGGAAGAUUCUAUGCUGGACGUCCGAUCAUUGUUGAUUUCUCUCCAGUUACAGACUUUAGAGAAGCUACAUGUAGGCAAUAUGAAGAGAACAUGUGUAAUCGUGGUGGAUAUUGCAAUUUCAUGCAUUUGAAGAGGAUCAGUCGAGAGCUGAGGCAUGAACUGUUUGCAAGUUAUCAUCGAAGGCGGGGUCACAGUAGGAGUAGAAGCCGCAGCCCCUAUAGGCAUCGGAGUUAUGAAGAACGCCAUUAUGGUCGGCAUGGUCAUAGUCGGAGGUAUGAUGAGAGAGAUGCUUAUCAUGAUAGUCGAAAUAGGAGGCAUAGGAGUACAAGCCCUGGUCAUAGAGGAAGCAGAAGCCGUAGCCCACGAGGAAGGAAAAAUCGAAGUCCAGUCAGAGAAGAGAGUGAAGAGAGGCGUGCUAAAAUUGAGCAGUGGAACAGAGAAAAAGAGCAAGAAAAUUAUAAUAAUGCUAAUUCUGAUGGCAACGAACAUAGCCAUGAAAAAAGUUACAAUGGUGAUGUACAGUAUGAAAAUCAGACCUGUGGCUAUAAGCAGCAGCAGCAGCAGCAGCAGCAGCCUCCUGAGCAAGGCUAUGGUUACUGAUCUGUUUUACCUAAACUUAGGUACUACUACCGAAGUUUCUGCUUGAGGUUUUGCAUUCGUUUAUUAAAAUUUCCUUAGUACUCUUAUCCCAAUUCGUCAGUGGUCUGCUGGUAUCUAGUGAUCUGAUUUCCAUAACCUCUCUGUGAUCUUUUCUUUGGCUCUUAGAGUGGAUAACAGCAAGUUUUCUUAAAGUGGAUUGUUCAGGUACAUGUCCAGCUUAGAGAAUUUAAAAAAAAAAAAAAAAAUUAGAAAAAGAGAUGAAAGGGAGAACCACUGACAAGAUAGAACACACGAAUUGGUGCUAACAAGACCAUGAUACUUGAGUGUGUUCUUAUCCCCUAUUUGAUGUGAUUUUUUUACCCUUUGAUGUGUGGUCAGUUGACAAUGUGUAGAAGGAAACCAUCUAGCUUACCAGAAGGUUCUACAGUUAAGCUAUUGGAGUCGAUCUAGAAAGGCAUUAUAACUACAGAAAAAAUUUAAAGCCAAUUUUUUGUCACACUUUUUCUUGGCAGUGAUUUCUUCUUGUUACCAUGCAUCAAUUGCACGUAUGCAUUCUUCUAAUAUCUUUUAUUUGAUAGCAAAUAUGUAUAAUGAUGUUACAGUCAGGGAUUAAGACUGCUGCUCAUGAGGACUUGUGAACGAUCACGUUAUCAUAUUACGGUUUCUUUUCCCUUUGCGUUACCUUUCUGUUGAUAUUAAAAAAAAAAAAA